AGUAACCACUGUAAGUCCCAACAAGCAGCAGAAUGAGGACCUUUGGACUAUUGACAGCUUGCCUGGCUGUUGUCAGCGCAGGAAAUAUUGCCGAGGAGCUGACAGCUGCCGGAGCCACCACACUUGUAGAUCUGGUUGUCAAAGCUGGACUAGCUGAUACGGUCAGCACUGGAGGUCCCUUCACUGUCUUCGCCCCGACCAACGAGGCUUUCAACAAGCUCCCCGCCUCCCUCCUCGCAACCCUCCAGUCAGACAUAGAGCUCCUCAAGAAGGUUCUUCUGUACCACGUUGUCAGCGGAGAAGUAUACAGCAAAGACAUCACCAACGACAUCACUGUCGACAGCGUUGAGGGAUCUAAGCUGAGAGCUAACAUUUAUCUUAAAUCUCCUUAUUACCCGGGUUUUGUCACCGUGAACGGUGUCCGAGUGACCAAGGCUGACCACAAGGCUGACAACGGUGUCAUCCAUAUUGUUUCCGACGUCAUCUAUCCCUUCCCUACCGGAAAUAUCGCUGAGGCUGUAACCGCUGAUCCCAGAUUCUCAACUCUCUUGGCUGCCGUAGGAGCCGCAGGUCUUGCUGAGACUCUAUCCGGAGAGGGACCCUUCACCGUAUUCGCCCCAACCAACGAGGCCUUUGCUAAGAUCCCCCAGGAUACUCUGAACGGUCUUCUAGCAGACAAAGAUGCUCUUACUAAGGUUCUGUUGAGACACGUAGUCCCCGGCACACUGUACAGCAAGGGAAUCUAUUGGGCUGAGCACAAAACAGCUGGUGGAAAUGAGGAGGAUAAUGUACAAACACAGGUGUUCAAGGGAGGAGUAACAAAGGUUGUAUCUAAGACUGCUGGAGCUCGAGUAGUUGACGUUGAUAUUCCUGCAACCAAUGGAGUUAUUCAUGCUAUUGAUACAGUUAUAUAAAUAGAAAACCAAACCAAAUCAAAUCUUACAAAUAAAUAUUUAAAUUUAUUCUAA